AUGAUCAUCAUUGGCACUGGCUUACACAUACUUGUUCCAGCCCAGGGCAAUGUCCGAUGGCGGGCCAUGAUGUGCCCACCUUGCCAUCGAAUUGACCACGAUGAGCAAAAAGGCCCAUGGUGCAUUAGUUACAUGACCAUGUUGAUGAGUCUCCUCGCGCUCAUCUAUACUGUCUCAGGAACCCUCGCAAAGCUGCUGCGCAAGGCGAUUCGCAGAGGUAUCAACUGUUACUGGGAAAUACUAGACAAAGAUCCUCUCGAGGAGAGGGCCUGA